GGCUAAGGUAGGUUCUUUAAAAUCCCCAUUUUUCAGCGCAACGUCCGAUCAAUCUUUCGUAAUUUAUCCAUGUGUUGACUCAUUUUUCGUUUUUACGAAUUUGUCACAUUGCGAUGGCUACAACAUCGUUCCUGCGUAGCGAUGAGUCUACCCCAUUUGCGUGCACAAUUCGGACAUCCUGUACUUAGCGCGUUCAGUGCGUUGGUCCACAUUUAUUCAGUGAUUCAUUUAUGUGUGAGCGUAUCUAUUCACUCGUCCGCUCGUCCGCUCGCUCAAAAUGCGGGACAACGUGGACGUGACAAGUCUGCUGGAAAAAUGCACUCUGAAUUUUCUUACAUCGCUGUUGGACAAAAAGAAACAAAAAAAAGUUUUGUCAAAAGGAAAAAUUCUUGAAAUGACAAGACUGUUCUGCAUCAUCGAAAUCGUUUCGAAAAACUUAAAGGAUAAUAUGCAUUCCACAUUGAGACAAAUAUUUUACACAAACCCAAAGUUGUUCAUGUCUCAAAAGGUUUCUAAUGUAACCGUUGGAAAAUUAACAAAAAUUAUAAAAAUUCCGAGAGAGUUGCUAAACAUUUAUAAUUCCCCCAAAGGAAUAAUCAGAGGAAAUCUUUUCCUCCGGGAAAAAAAUUCAAGCCCAUGGGUUGACUGCAUGAGUAUUUUUGAAACGAGAGGGCAUUUAAUAUGCCCCUUUGGAGUCUCCGAUAUAGAAAUUUCGCCUGAUGUGAAAUACGUCCUAAUAGUGGAAAAGGAGACGAUUUUUUUUAGGCUACUUCAAUCGGAUUUCAUUUCGAAUUAUGGACCCUGCAUUAUGAUUACGGCCAGAGGGUUCCCAGACCUUAACACCCGGCAACUACUCUACGAAAUCCGUAGAUGCAACAAAGCCUUGAAGAUUUUCUGCCUCACCGAUUACGAUGCUUAUGGUCUAAGCAUAGCAUUCACCUAUACCUCGAAGAUGGAGUCAAAAGUUUACUGUUAA